AUGGGAUUUUUCGAUAUUGUGGCAGCGGCAAUGCCGUGGAGCGAGAGCGAGGCGGAGGCUGUGAGCGGGGGCUCGAGUACGGAGAGCACGCCGGCCAACUCGGGGGGUGAGGCGAAGGACUCCGAAUCAACGCCCGAUGAUAAGGAUGAAGGUGGUGAUGAGGGUGAGGAUAAGGAGGAGGGUGGCGAGAAGGAGGAAGAAGAGGAAGAAGAAGAAGAGGAGGAGGAGUUGGUUGAUCCUAAGGAGACUUUCGAGGAGGGUGAGUUAUAUUUUUCUUGGCUAGAGCUGGCAGCUGUGUGGUGGAUAGUUGGGGAUUAUUCAGGCUACUAUUCUGCUCAACUGGCGAAAAGGAAGAUCUGCAAAUGCGUCGAGGGCUACGGCCAGAGGAACUGGGAUAUUUGGCGGAUAUAUAAAUUCGAGACAUUUGCUAACUCACCACAGAAUGCAAGGAAUCUAAGGCCUGCGCUCCAUCCAAGCACCACUUCGAAGAGUGCGUCGAGCGUGUCACCGGCAACACCGAUUCCAAGGCUCCUCACGAGGACUGUGUUGAAGAAUUCUUCCACCUCGCCCACUGCGCCAACCAAUGUGCAGCCCCAAAGCUCUGGGCUGCCCUCAAGUAAAGAACCGACAAUAUCGAGCUCAUGCCUGCUCGAGUAUAGAUGA